AAAAGAAAAAAUCAAGAGAAGAAAAAAACCAAAAGCUACAAUUGAAUACAUGGACACUUAUAUAACAGAAGAGCAAAAUAACAAACCAAAAAAGAGGAAACUGGAUUCAGUAACUACUACUACUACUUCAUUGAAUGCUGAACAAGUGAAGAAAAGAAAAAUAGAUUUGGAUGAUCCGGUUAUAAUCCCCGAGGAAAAAUGCAGUACAAAACGUAAAAGGGAAUCUGAUGAAGUAAAGGAAAACAACGUAAAUUAGAUGUGAGUGACGUAAUUCCGUCUCCAUGGAACCAACAUAACCGAAAACGGAAGAUUCAACCAGAUGAUCAUACCUAAGAAAGUUAAAGUUAUAAGUACCUAGUAAUCCAGACAUUUAAACUCAGUAAUGAAAAUCGCACGUAAGAAGAAUGUUAAACCUAUGAAAAGAGCUACAAUUGACCAACAACAACGAUCACAGCGACAGAAAAAAAAACAAAGUAAA